CGAUAAUGCACCCAUUCAACUCAAAUAAGACGACGACGAAAAUCGGGAUUUGAGCCCAGAUCGGAAAGAAAAUAUAUCUGAAAAAAAAUGAGUGUGACCGGGUUACUCGCUCGAUCCUUUUUUGUCCACAGAGUUGGGUCCAGGUCUGUGUUUACAAGUUCCAAGCGUGAUACUAAUUCCCCCAACUGGCUACGAGUGGGUCUUGCCUUUGGAUCGUCUGUUUUCCUGUGGAGUCUGCUCUUCAAGCAGCACAGCGAUGAUGUACUUGAGUACAAACUGAGGAACAACAUCAAUUAAGCCAGAUCUGUGGCGGGGGUCACCAUGGACUUCAGGACCUGUUUUUGUCUUCGUGAGUUUUCACAGUGAAUUCUGCAAUAAAUAAUUUGUCAUGUGAAAUAAAAAUGAAUUGGGCUCUUA